UUUCCGGUAAAUGAAAACCUGCAAAUUGAUCCUAUCGCCAGCGACAAUGAUAGUCUGCACUACAUCAUCGCGAGCGGAGGACCAGAGACCAGCUUCCUCUCUGCAAGCAGCAAGCAAGCAGUCGACCUUGUUAGGGCAAUUUGAACGGACUGUGUUUGUGUUUCUGUUUACUUGCCGCUCCAAAAGUUACGCUCAGUUCGUUCAUUUCGGUCAAAACAUGUGCAUCGUGUGUGAGGCGCGUACGAAAGUUGACGUUUGGAAUGGACUUUGUUGAGCGAAGGUGUCACAGUCAAGAGGAUAGGUCGCAUGCGACUAAAAAUGAAAAGUUGGGCGACCUUCGUGGCCGGUUUCGCAUUUUUAGUGUUCAAUUCGAGGAUAUCAGCAUGCCACCCCUACCAGACGCAUAACCCUCACGAUGACAAAAAGAGAUCUUCGGUGAGAGAAAGGGAACCCUUCGUUGAAACCACCAUCAACUGGACCAACGAGAACCAUAAGGUUCACGUGACUACACUGGAUAUCAAUAGAGGUUAUGUCGAGCCUAUCAUCCCCGACUAUUUUCCCUCUCCGAAACAGCAUAAGACUCAAAAGAAGGAGGAAAAACCGAAGAAAAAGUGCAUACGAAACUUCUGCGAAGACGUCGAGAAUUAUCCAGAGACCCUCAUCAAGAAUGUCUUGAGUAGGGCCAGGAAUUUGGAAGCUUAUUUCAAAGAGGCUGAAGUGACGUUCGACAUCAGCAACAGGGGUGGUUUCGAUGAAGACGAAGAUGACAGCGAUUCCAUGUGUCCAACUAAAUCCAUCACGAUGUAUCCCAAGACUGCCAUCAACACGAAGAAGGAAGAGAAAUUCCUGAUAAAUGUGGAGGGUCAUAGACAGGGUAUCGUUUUCCAAACUUGCAUUGAGAACUCCAACUGUAGAUUCCACGAGGGUUUCCCAACAGACUAUGAGUCUUCCUGUAAGCAAAAGUAUGUGAGGAGGAGCCUAGCUAUCUUAGGCGAUGACAACCAAACAACAGCCUGGGACACCUUCGAAGUGCCUUCUUGUUGUGUCUGUGUGAUAAAACGUAAAAACUGAACGACAAAGACUGUUUCUGAACCUACUAGAAUAAUUUUGUACAUACAAUCUUUUUUGAGAAAUAUAUUUAAGUUAAUUGAAUACAA